AUGGAAAAUAAGUUUAGAAAGAAAAUUCAAGCAAGUCUGAAUAAUUUUGAAAAAUGAUCUAAGGAGUGAGAAUGAAGCGAUUUAAUUACAUGGCUUCAGGAAAUUAAAUCUCUUCUAGAGAAAUAUCAAGACAGCACUCUUAUUCCUGAGCAGAACUAUGCUUUAGCCAAAAGGCUAUCUCAGUGUCUCAAUCCAAAUCUUCCAUCCGGAUUGCAUAGCAAAACUCUUGAAAUUUACAAACUUAUAUUGCAAUCUGCCCCAAUUGAAUCAUUUCAUAUGUUUUCUGCUGGACUUUUUCCUUAUUUCGAGUAUUGCUCUGCUCAGAAUAAGAUGGAAUUUCUAUUACUUAUUGAGGAAAGAUAUGUAAUCAGAAUUACUGAGCUAAAAAAUAUAUUAAGUGGAUUAGUAAGCUGUUUAUUAAGUGGGGCUGAAGGAAGACAAGACGUUUUUUUGAAAGUUUCAGAUAUUUUAGAUAUGUGCGCUGAAAGAUUAAAGGAGGAAACUUAUGAAGCAGUCUUUAGGUUUAUUCUCAGAACAUCUAGGCAUAGGGCAUCUCCUUUGAUUUAUCUUCAAAAAAAAUCAAUUUCAUUUUCGAAUACAAAAUUAGCUGUAAAUGCUAUACUUGCUGCUUUGUCUGAUCCUAACACAAUUAUAAAAAGGCAUGUGCUUGAUCUUAUUAAAAUACAUUUUCCAAUUACGAGCAAAGAGUUUAAAACAAAACAAAAAAUAGCCUUAAUGGAAGGGUCAAUAAAGCUUCUAGCAAAUAAAGAUAGCACUCUUAUAAGGAGACUAUGGGAAUGGGCUUUUCCAGGCGAGUUUGAUGAAUCCCAAAUUAGUCUUGUUUUAAAAACUUUGAAACCUGCAAUAAUAACUAUAUUGGAGACAACUCACAAAAAGUUAGAAACUCAUAAAGGUGAUGGAUCAGAAAUCAAAGUAAAUUUACUAAAUUCCUGAUAAAGAGUCUAUAUUUUUAAAUUGGCUUAUUUUAGAUCUUAUAAAAAAAUUGGAGAAUGAUAUAAAAGAGAAUUUUUAAUAAUAAUUAUUGUAAUUUUUAAAAACUAUUUUAAAAAAACUUUUUAAAUCAAUCCUCAGAAAUUUCAUAAUUAAUUGGGAGUAAGGAUUAUUGAUGUUCUUGUAGAAAGUGAAGGGAUAGGAGACCGAAUAUUAGAACAAAUUUCCAUUCCUUUAAUGAAGCAUACAAUGAUUGAUAAGUUAUACUUUAUUAACGAAAAAUUCAAUGAUAGAGUAAUAAUUAUGUUCAGAGAAGACCGAUCGAACUUAUUUUGGAAAAGUUUUCAUAAAUACUUGCCGAAAGCUCUUAAAAACAAUGAAAUAACGAUAUGGAUGUCUAUGCUGGACUUUGCGUUAGCACAUUUUGAAAAUGAUAAAGAAUUACUGUUUCCAGUGCUUGAUGAUAUUUUGCUUAAUCUCCCAUGCAUAUCUAUUGAAGAGCAAACACUUGACGUAUGCUUGAAAUUAUGCAAACUCGUUAAAGCAACACCUUUUGAAGGAGGGGAGACAGCAAUUGGUGUAUUUUUGAGUUUAAGUCAUGAAAAAGCUAUGAAUUACAAAAUACUUUCUCAGCUAGGCAACAUAAUAGGAUUGUUGUCAAAUUUAGGCCUUGACUGUUCCGAUGCUGCCUAUAGAGCAAAAGAGCUUAUACUUGAAGAAAGCCCAGACCUGCUACUAAUUUCUGUCAAUAUGCUUUUAUUCAUUCAGCCAGACUCUAUAAGCCAUGAGAGCUUGGAGCGAUUAUGGCACCUCCUAGACACGUCUCAUCAGAAAACAGCCUUAGAUCUUUUACUAAGAAGCCACCAGAUCAUCCCCAAUAAAUGGCAGGAGUCUUUAUGCUACAUGCUAACAUCAAGCUCGCUGAUGUCUAAAAUCAAAUCAAUUCACCUUUUCAGCCUUUUCUGGACACUCACAGAAAAUGAAGAACUGAAAAAAACAAUUGAUGAAGGCCAGAGCAUUUAUAUCAUGCUCGACCACCUGAUCGAUGAAAAUCCUAUUAUUCGUCACAGUUCAAAAGAGUGGCUAAUUACUUCAAGAACUUUAAGUUUAAGUUUAAGUUUAACGAAUUACUCUGGCAAAUUGCCUUCAGUCUUCUUUUGGUUGAGGGUCCAAGCUAUAUUAACAGCUCUGAACAACGGUAGGUGGACCGGCCUAACCGUCGAAUCGUUAAAGUUAAUAAGCCCGCUAAGACUUCUCUAGUCAGUGCCAGCCUCAGCACCAACUUCUUCUCUUCAAGCCGAGACUCUCAAGAAGCUUGACUUCUCUCACUAAGCUCGGAUAAAUAAGACCCGGACCUGCUUAGCAGGAGUUAGGACCUAUUCCUAACUGACAUUUUUAAUAUUGUCUUCAAGAACUAACGUUCCGUGCUUACUUGAUUCUUUAUUUUUUGUUAUUUUCCAUCCUUUUACAGUUAGAGAAGAGCAAAGCGAAUGCAGCUAUGUAUAUAAUAAGCCUUUUGAUGCGAGAAGAGUUAUGGACGCUUUUAAAAAAGUGAGAAAUAUUUUGAGGAUAGGAGAAGAAAAUUUGAAAUUUGCAAUGGAUUCUUGUUAUUUGAGCCCGCUAGCUGAAGAGUAUAUAGCGCUGCAUAAAAUACAUAGUGGGACUUAUUUAGAAGUUUUGCAAUAUGGUUUGCUGAUGUAUUUGAAUACAGAGUGCAGUGAAAUGAGUCAUGAAAACAGCAUCAUUCAGAGCUUGGCCUGCGAUAUAUUAGAAAUAAUCUUCCAAAGCUUGUCAUCAGAUUUAGCAUUUAUUGCGUUAGAAAGCUCUUUUAUCUGCAUGCAUAGAGCUAUUGAAAAUAAAAACACCACCAUUCAAUUCCAGUUGCUAGCACCCCCUCCUUAAGCGAACAAAUAAACUUUGUUUGCCUAUGGCAAAUAUUCUUAAAUCAAAUUAUUUAAUUUGUAAAAUUUAUAUUUUAAUAUGCAAACUAUUUAAUUUCUAAUAGAGAUUUCAUUAUACUAAUUAUCACUAUCACUUAUAUAUCAAAAUAUUUCUAUAUAAAAAAUUGUUAUAUCAAAAAAUUUUUUUCACAGAGAGUGAGUUUUUCUACCCAAAAAAUUGGGCUCAUUCAAAUGUUUUGUUCGUUUUUUGAGGGAGAGUAAGAAUAAUUCCACCAUUGAUUUACAACUGUAAAAUACAGGCUGACAGAAAGAAAUGUGAAACUUUUUUCCUUGAAAGCUAUGUAGUAGAAUCAAUCACAAAAGGGAUGCUAACUGAAGAAUUAUUUUUAAGGGCUCAUUGAAUGGAUUUUAUAACGCAUACGAUAUUGCUGUCUAUUUUUUAGUUGGCAAAACCUUGCUGAUAUAAUAAAAAUGUGCUCGAGACUGUAUGUCCAGGAGGACAUGCCUUGGCCGAGGCGCCAUAUUUAAUUAUGAAUGAUUUUAUAACAAAUUAUAUCCUUUUCAUGACAAUGUAUCUUCCUGAUGUUGUUAUAUCCAACUAUAUAAAGCUACUUCUUGAUGCAUAUAUCAGUAUAAUUGCGAAUUCUUAUGACUUGAAUAUGCUGGACGGUUUGACAUUUUUAAUUCACCACGUACUAAGAGCACAAGAUGAAAAUGACAAUAAAGAAAACAGUAAAAUGGAAUGGCAUCAACAUGUCUUACGACAGCUUGAGGGUGUAAUUGCUUUAGGAGUCACCUUGAAUGAAAUGAAAAUAAACCAUUCAAUACUAAAUUCAAAGCUAGAAAUUUUAUUUUCUCCUCUGACUAAAAAUUAUUGCAAUGAUUUUUUGUUCUCUUUCACAACAUUGUGGUCAAAAUAUAGUCUUGAUAGCCUCAAUUCAAGGCAUCACAUGCAAGUUCUAAUAAGUAUGAUUCCAACUUUUAAGCUGAACUUAGAUACUAUAUUUGAGUAUUUUUAUACUCAAUUGGAAAAAGAUUUGGUGACUAUUCAAAAAAAGGCUCAAAAAACGGAUGGGAAAGAACUUUGCAUUGCACACUUUUUAUAUCACUUAACUGCAAAUAUAACAAAGUUAAACAUUCCAGUGAUUCCUCAACAGCUAUUUUGAAGCAAGCUCUUAACACUCUUUAAAUGCUUAAUGAUAUCAACAUGAGAAGAAAUGCCUCUAAUUAUUUUAGAUACGGUUUAUGGGCUCAGAAAUUGUGUGUAUUCAUUUAAUUUAUUCUCAGACAAAAAAAUCAAAAAAGAUCUUCAGGAGCUCGUUGGGAAUUUAUUUGACCAAAUUACUGUGUCUACUCAGAAAUGGGAAAGAGAUGUUUUUCCUAUUGAAUAUCCGGGCUUUGAAACUGAAAGAGAGCUCAAGCUUUACCAGCUUAAUCAGAUUACUCUAUCACUGAAAGGACAUGAAGUAGCGUCAUUUGCAUGGCCUGAUGAUAAUGAAAGAGUUAGCUCAAAACUUGUGCUGGCUUCCAUUAAUGCAAGAGCAACCUUAUCGAAAUCAAAAAUUGGAGCGAAGGAAUGUGGGAUUUUAAUUUUAGCUUUUAUUACUAAAGGAGGAGAUACUGUAGCCAAGGAACUGAAGAAAGAUAUCAUUGAUUUCUUAGGGUCUGACGAGUUUAUUUUGAGCUGCAAAAAUUCAAAUGGGUCUUUAAAAUAUUGGAAAAAUAUUUGCUAUGAAAUAAGCAAGCUUUGCUAUCAGGAAAAAACGCAAUUUUUAAAUGAUGCUCUUUAUAAGUUUCUGCCAAGUUUCUGGACGAGCUCGCAAGACACAAUUGAAAUGUCAAAAAAGUAUUUGAUUAUAGCAUCUUUAGUCAUUUUGAGUGGAAAAGUUGAUGAUUAUCUCCCUGCAGCAAAAGCAUUAAGAGCAAAACUUCUUGAUUGCAUUAAAAUUUCUGAUUUAUUCCCUCAUUGCAUGCUGCUUACCCGUGUUAUGUCAAUUCGCUUUAAUUUGCCAACUUUCAAGGAUAUUUGAUCAUUUCUAUUAUAUUAAAUAAUCAAAGUUGGGUGAGGAAAAAGGAAUUUUGGAGCGAAAUUCCUUUUUCAUAAAAGCUAUUUCAUAGGGUCAGUUUCUGCAUGCGAACUUUUGUAUAAGAGUGAAAAUGGUGAGGAAUUUUAUACUUCGCUAGCCUUGUGCUUUGCCUCUUUCAGCUGCUGAUAUUAAAGGCGAGAUCUUUGGACCGAGCAAGCGCUGGGUACCUAACUGCUAGUUUUCCCGUACUUCUGGUUCCAAAAUGGCUUCGUGGGGAUCAGGAGGAGAGCUAGACUGUGAGUCCCGACAUGAGCUCGAGAGUAGUGAUAAGAUUGAGAAAAAAGGCACCUCACUCGCGCUGCGCGACUAGAGGCCCCAACUAGAAGUUGGGUUAAUUAAGCUAAUACAUAUGAUCAUAUCUAUUUCCUGAUAUUCACAUAAGGCUUUUGUACAAUAUGUCGAACACAACCAACAUAUCUUACACACUUUCAGCAUUAAAACUAUUAGAUACCAUGAUAGUGUUGGAUUUUGAAGAGAUAAAUUAUGUUCUGUGGAUUUACAUGAUUGAUAUCCCUGAAGUAGAAUUCGACUAUAACCCAGUAGAAAAUUAUAUGCCGAUUAUCACAAAAACAUUUUUAAAUGGCUUCAAUGCAAAACUUAGGAAAAGGAAAAGGGCAGAAAUAAAUGUAGGGAAAAGAGUGAAAAGAAAAAUGCAGCUUGGCCAAGAAGCCCCAGGAAGUUUUGAAGAUCUAGACAGGUGCGCCAAGGCUUUGCUGCAGUUUUGUAUGUUUUAUAGAUCAGAGUUAGGAGAUACAGAUGUGGAAAGCAUAGAAGAUGGAAUUAUAAAAGAUAUUUUAUUUACCUAA